UGUGGUGACGUCACAACAAAACAUGGCGGCUGAUUUGGAUCGAAAACGGCAAAAACACAACGAAAAGAGUUUGAGAAAGCAUUAAAAACGCGUGAUUUAAACGGCCAGCUGCGUUGUUUUAACUAACGGAGCAUCAAAAAGAAUAAACAACACUAAUUAUAAUGCUGGUCGGAAGCUGCUGCUGGUUUGAUGACUGAGCCGAACACACAUGCAGAGUUCACUGAGCUGUGGAGGAGGACGGUUUCCAAACUGUGUCACGGCAAAACACAGGACAACAACACCGGGAAACAGAUGUCUGCCACCUCCCCCAUGCGUCCAGAUUUCCACAGUCCUAGGCACAGAGGCUACGGCAGAUACCCCGGACUGAAUAAUGGGGAUUCUCCAGGAGACGUGGAACCUUCACAGGAUAUUGUCUGGGAUUCAACAUCUCCCACUCCAUCUAAUACCGGGCCGGGGCACAGGAACAACAGAAUCGUGGAAAUAUCAGAUAUCGUCAACCGCAUUGCUCCAAAGGAUGUGAAACCAAAAGGGCCUGAGUCUCCUCUGCUGCAGUGGAUCGGUGACAGCGCCAUCCCAUUCACACCGGAGAUGCGAAAACCAAGAACCAGGAAGAAGUCCACUCGACAGAGCAACGUGGAGGACCUCAUGAAGCUGGCCCGGCAGUUCGAUCAGAACAUGCAGCAGGACAAGGAGACGUCAGAACAGCUGAACGCCGUCAGCAGCGACCUCGACGAACAUGUUAAGACUUCUGAAACGCGAGCAGCUCCUGCAUCAUUCCCAAGCAAUGCGAAGGACCUGAAGUGUUCGCCGUCGUCGGAUCAGGUGGAGGCCGAGCUGCACGCUCUGUUUGACUGCUCCACUCAGGGAGUCAGUGGCCGGCUGAGCCAGAGCUCUGCAGCAUCGCCCUGUUUACAAGACGGAAAACACCAACACGUGACUUCAGCUGCAUCUGAGCAGAAGGAGUCUGGCUCAGCUGCACGAUGUCCCGCCGGAGAGAAACAAUCUUGUGGUUCCAGCGCAAACAACUGUGCUGAUUUUGAUGAUGACUGGGAGAACGACGACUUGCUUAAUGACUCUCUUGUCCUGGCGAUGGCCCAGAAUCCCGACCAGCAGCACGAUGCCGAUCCUAAAACCACCCUUCAGACAAACGCCACUCAGUUCACCUCUGUUUGCAAGCCAGCUGCACAGAAAAACUCCACAAAUCAGCCUUCAGACUGUAAGCCAAGCUGCAGUUCACUCCAGGAGCUGUGUCCCAAACCAAAGACGACCAACAGAAGCUCUUUCAAGCUGGAGCCUAACCCGUGUUUCCAGCCCAAGAUGGCUAAAGAAGCUUCAAAGUCCGGCUUCACUGUUAAACAAACUAAAACACAGAUGUUGGAGCAGAAGUCUGCUUCCUCAAAGACACCGUUCACUUUGCAGCCUGACAGGAUCACUAAUAAUCAGAAGGGGGCUCUUUUAGGAGCAGACUCUGGUAAAGACAUCUCAGACAGUUUGUGGGAUGAUGGGGACGACGACGCGCUGCUCUACCAGGUAUGUGACAGCGUGGAGAGGAUUUCUAACAGUCAGUCACAGCAAGCCAGUCCCAGAAACCGCCAAGAAACGCAAGAUAUCACCGUGGACGGAGGACGGGGAAGCACCAAGCCUCUUCCAACCUCGUCCACAAACGCUGACACUCAAAAACAGUCGACAUGUGCUUUUGUUCGUUGUAACUCACUACCUACCAGCAGCAGUGGAACCGUGAACCUCCAAGCGUGGAACGUUCCCAUGAAAGGUGCCAACGACAAAUCACGGAUGUCUCAGAGCUUCCCGAGAAGCCGCACGAGUCUGGGCACAUUUGGCCAGUGUGGGGAUUCCUCUGGAACUUUCCAGGCUGGAAAUGUGAACGUGGAUAUGAAGACGGUGACAGCCAGAACACCGCAGCACCUCAGGCCCCAUCACGCAGCUUUCAAGAGAAACCUAUCCGACUCUGCGGCUGAAAGCAGCAAAGUUUUCGUCACGAGCCAGAUGACAGGGAAGUGCUCUGCAGCCGAGAUCGAGAGGAAGAAGCAGGAAGCCCUGGCCAGGAAGCGGCAGCGGAUGCAGAACGCCUCGAAACCGUAGAGCGGCUUCAUCUGAACUUUUGAGACUUAUUUUCCCAGAACCCAUCAGAUGCCUGACCGUUCAGCAGCAAAUCACUGAGGUCAGGGGGAUCCACUCUGCUUUCUGCACAAAUGGGAGACAAGAAGAUGCCUGCUGCUGAUGUGAAAAUGCAUUUCACGAGAAAGGACUUUCUCUGUUUGUGGAAGUUUAUGAUCUGGAGCCGCAACGAAUUUAUAGAAAAAAGAUUUUCCUGAGCUGCUGCUGACUAGUUUGGAAAGAAUCCCAACAACAACAAAAUUCAGACGUAAAGCAGAGUGUUUUUGCUGUUUUCAGUUUGAACGCUGGCUGCUGUCGUCUUUACGAAACGAACAGUUUAUGUGCCGGAGUUUUUAAUCAAAGGAGAUUUACUUCAAGUAGAAACUGUAACACAGUUGUGCACAAACACUUUUCUUUGGGGCCAACCUAAUCAUUUAACAGGUGAAGAAAUAACAUGUCUGUUAGUAGUUCUCAUUUCUGUUUCCUCCUGGUUCUGUUGGUUCCUUUCACGGUUUUUCUCAUUUCAGUUUUGCAUGUCAGUGUUAAGUGUGUUCUGACCCUCCUCCGUCCGUUUAUCUUUACAGCCAUGCUAUGCACCUUUGGAAGAAGUUAAUUUGUGCAAGAGUAACUAAAAAACAACCGUGGAAAUGUGCCUUUUAUAGUCAGAAAUUAUGAAAACUGAAUGGUAAAGAUGUCCUCACACUACAAGUCGUGGAAGUUUUGGUCAGAUGUGUUGUAAGAGUGAAACAACUCUCAGAUAAAAUGCUGAAAACAUC